AUGGCUUCGUCUCCCAUUUCCUUGCAGCCUCUCACCUCGGGUCCCCAGUUCAAUUGGUUCUUUCUGUUGGAGCUCAUUGUUUGCGGCAUCCUGACAUUGUUUUUCCUUUUCUAUUUCAACCGUCUUUUUUCCACAUUAGCUUCGUACGGUAUCCGAGCCUAUACAUGGCAUUACUAUCGAGCUUACAUUGAUAUACAAGCCCUUCAAAUCUCGUUACUCGGUGGGAGAAUCUUCUUCAAGGGAAUACGGUACCAUGGGGCAAAUGAGACCGUUUUAAUUCAGAGAGGUCAUAUUACAUGGAAGUACUGGUUGCGAGUCGUCAGAACACUGGAUUUGACCCGAAAUCGAAAGACUGGACCCCAAGAGACCGAAUCCAUCGUGAACAGCGAUGGAGAUUCAGCGUUUGUAGGCACAAAUAGUCAGACAAAUCGUGAAGAUGAAAGUGGUGGUUUGAGCGCUGAGGCUCACCUCCCUUGCCGUAUCGCAAUCACAUUGUCUGGAUUGGAGUGGUUUGUGUACAACCGAACGCCGGCUUACGAUGACAUUCUUUCUGGUUUUGCUCCUUCGACAGAUGAACCUCUGGAUGCACAGGAAGAAAUCUAUCCAAGCACCACAGGAACAACAACUAGUCGAGAAGUAUCUGAAAAUGAUCUCUCAGCGCGUCCAACGUCGAGAAAGUCGUCAUCGGGAAGUAUACGACGCCCUCAGGGGUAUCGUACAGACACAGGACUAUCAUCAAUUCAGGACGGUUUUAUUUCAAAUGAAGAGGCUUUGGAGUCCGUUUCGAAAAUCCUGAAAUUCCUUCCAAUCCAAGUGGACUGCACCAAGGGAGCAAUCGUGGCAGGGAACGAGCACACCCAUUCUCUUCUGACAGUUACCUUCGACAAGGGGAGUGGCUUGAUAGAUGCAACUGAUGCUGGCCCUCUUGACAUUUACCGUCAAUUACUCAAGUUUGAAUUUUCCCACCCAGUCGUUCAGUUGCGACCGAAUCCUGAUUUCAAGCAAGCACAAUUGCCAGCAGCUCGGAAUAUCAAACCCUUUCAGCAUGAUGAAUCGACAAAUAAGCCAAGAAGGAGCUAUCGCGUGCACUAUCGACGGAAAACACAUGAGCUAUGGCAUUCACUUCGGUCUUUGGUUCCCUAUUUCCAGAGAUCAGUGGAGUCGUUCCAUGAGAAAGGGACAAACGCCUCGUCUAAUAAUCGCACCACAUUUCCUAUCAAUAGCCAAUGGCUUGGCCUUAGUCGUUACUUAGAUGAGACCAUGGAUGACUAUGAAGGGUGGAAUGCCGUUGAAUAUGCGAGAUAUUCAACCAUUCUGGAUUGUCCUGCUAUUAGUUUGACGUACUAUUGGGACAUAGCUGGAAAAGUACCCCCGGUGAGGCACGAAAUGUAUUCGUCAGAACGGACAGCACCUGGAGACAUAAAUGGUGGAGCGCCACCGGAAUGGGGCAUGGAAUUAAAAAUCAGAAGCGGCACUAUCAACUAUGGACCAUGGGCGGAUCGCGAACGUGUUGGAAUACAGAAUAUAUUUUUCCCUAGCAACUUCCGAAAUUCUGAGGUGGAUGCAGUGCUGAAGCCUGGGAGCAUCAGACGGAGCACAAAGUUCAAUUUUCGAUUGGAAAUAACGGAUGAUACGACAUUGAGGGUUCCCACUCGAGAGGAGUCAAAGGACUGGCAAUGGAAAGGCCGCGCUGAUGCGAUACGUGACGCGUCAAAGCUCAAGAAGCAGAAGCAGAAAAAGCAAUGGAGAGGAAAAGACGGCGAAAAGGCCAAAGUCAGCCCGGAGAUUCGUCCAUUUGGCUGGCUUACAUUUCGUAUUGCUCAAGACUCAACCAUUACCUACGACAUGGAUAUGGUGGCUUCAGACCACGGGUUUUCUAACCAGCUUCGCCUUGACCUACGAGACUGCAGAUUGUCUACCAGCGUGAAUCAUGCGACACUUUGGCAGAGUCCGCGGCAAAUAAUUAAUUGCGAUCUUUCCAACCCUCUUGUGUGGAAUGCCCUUCACACUUGGUCUUUUAAUUUAGUCAGCCAUGACUUCCAACUUUUCUUAUUACGAGACCAUAUCUUUCUAUUAACAGACCUUGUCAAUGAUUGGACAUCAAACCCAGCGUCUGAAUAUUAUACAUUUGUGCCUUUUGUGUAUAACAUACAGCUCUCUUUCAUCGACAUGCGCCUGUAUUUGAACGUUAAUGAGUCUAAUAUUAUUAGCAAUCCUUCAGACCUUGAUGACAACACUUUCAUUGUGAUUAAGGCACCGAAUUUGAUCUCCAAUGUCAGCAUACCUUCGGACUCAUUCCGGUCAGAACAGAGUUUGAUCUCUUUUAACGUCGAUGCGCAAGAGUGUCUUAUCGAUCUUAUUACUCCAGUAUGGCACACGCUACACACAUUUCUUGGGAACAACUCACUUGGUCGCCUUUCGAAGCUGAUAAUAGAUGGGCUUUACACCCUCAAUGCUGGAAUAUCUACUCCACUAGACACACUUACCUUAGACAUCUCAGCAGAUGCCCCCAAGUGCUAUCUUUAUGGCUUUUUGAUUCGAUACUUUAUGAAAAUCAGAGAAAAUUAUUUCGGGGACGAAAUGCAUUUUCGUACCCUAGAAGAAUUCCAGGAAGCUGCCAAUUCGACUGAAAAGCCAAGUGUCCAAGGCCCACCCCAUUCAACAAAGAAAAGUAACGAGCUGGACGUAAUUGUCAACUUAAUCAUUGAUAAUCCGUGCGCGCUGUUUCCGACCAAUAUCUACGAUCAUUCAAGAUGCCUUCGACUGACUGCUUCAUCCCUUGACCUUGACCUGCGAUUUACGAGCUAUUACAUGGACUUGCAAAUAGAUUUGACACCCACAGAAGUGUCCUUAGAGACAAUUGAAAAAGAUGGCGAAGCCGAUGUUUCAAAUACUCAGCUAUUUAUUGACGGUAUAUCAGUCUAUGGUCAUCGUCUGUUUGGUUUACCGCCUGCCGAACCGACGUACGUCUGCAACUGGGAUUUCGAAGUAGGCAAAAUUGUGGGCGAAUGCAGCACAAAAUUUCUGAGUUCAGCUGCUGCUGCGUUCCGAAAUUUGGAUUUCACACUUGACGAUGAGGAGAACGCGUUCCCACCAUUGCAUUCGCUUGUUAUACAUGAUGCCACAUUCUUACGUGCAAGAAUGGCUUCUGUCCAUCUGUCCGUUUUGGUGGGUCAUACCGCGGUUAUAUUCUCUGCUGGGGCCAUUCUUUUCAAAUUCAAUGACUGGUCUCGAUAUCGCUUCUCUAAACGGUUAUCCGUAAGAGUUCCGGAUAUCACGAUAUCUGCAUUAGACAGCAAAUCUGCUGUAAGACAACACGAAGGUUUAAGCCCGGUAACAUAUGCCCUACUUCAAACUAAUAUCAAGGUAUCGAUGUUGUUACGGAAACCCAACCUCUCUGAGGAACGACAUCUUCAACAAGAUCAUAUUAAAACAAGCGAUCAAAGAACGUCUCGUACCCCAUGGCUAUUCCUAAACUCAAACGAUACGGAUAGCUUCGCUGAUUGGGAAGCCUACAAAGUCCCUCCACCCACUAUGGUGCUUCCCUCGAUGCCCAAACCGGUGGCCAAAGUUCUGCCUGCACCCAAAGCAUCCAGCUUAGCAUUAAGCGACCACAGAGCCCUAAGCCAUAAGAGUUCAUUUUUGUCCUUUACCGGCUCAAGCUUGAGAUACGCCAGAAGAAAUGGCACCGAAAGGACCAUUUCAGAACCAACAAACCAAUCUUCGGACGUCCAAUACCGGAACCCUGUUUUUAUUCCACAGAAUAAGGGGGAUUCGCCUGACUGUGAUCCCACUAUUAUCCCAUCAAAUGAUACUCCACGCUCGAUGUUCGGGCCAUCCAGCUCGUGGGCUAUGCCACACUUCCACUACUAUAAAUUAAAACCCGACUCAAGUGAUCUUCCUCUUCUACCGAACUUGGGGGAAUGGAAGGGAGGUAUCACAGAGGACAGCAAUUUCAUAGGAGCUUCUGAUGACAAAGAAACCCUUCAUUCAGAUAUCUUCUGUGAGGUUCAGCCAGGAGUUCGAGGGUUUUGUACGCCUGAAUUCUUUCAAGCACUCUCUUCAUUGAUUAAUAGCUUGCAGUCGAGUGACCCGAAUGACUUGAUUGAUUCGUUACAAGUAGGGGUUAUUUCGGACAUCGUUAAAGACCAGAAAGCCAAGGCAAAGCAACCUAAAUCUGCAACAAGUUUUGCCAUCAGAGUACCGUCAGCUGUUUUCGCCGUCAUCAAUAAAGCAGAUUGGCCCGAAGAUAUGUCACAGUUGAAUUUUCCAGACCAGUAUCGGAUGUCAUGUACACGCCUUCACAUCACAAUGCAAACGAAGUCGGACAAUAAGGAACAGGACUUGACCAGUGAUAGACGGUCGAGCGUCACUUUUCAUUCGAGUGCUGAAACACUCUCAAUCACUGCGCUCGGUGGUCAGACAUCUGGCCUUCAAGAUAGAGCAGAGCUCCGAUUUUCUCUAGAAGAAAUUAUGUUUUGGUCGGCCACGUUUCCAAAGACCAGGUCGCAUCUUCAAAUGCGCACUUUGGAAUUGCUGACAACAACAAAAUCAGCAGCACCGCUAGCUUGUCUGAUUAAACGUUCAACAACGCUAGCAGAUUCACUUGCGUCUCAUUUUCAAUCUUCACCUUCUACGAGUGAUAGGCUGCGCUACUUAGUUUGGUAUAUUACUGAGUCCACUCUUGAUUUGCCGGAUCCUUUGUUCGUAACUCGCCCAGCAUAUGUCUUACGCGGAUUGCAAUCUCAUCUUCGGCUGCACGACUCGUGGAAAAUCAUAUCCCGUUUACGAGAAAUGUACAGGAAUCUACCCUUAGACAAGCGGAAUGCGUUGAAUCUGAGCUGCUUCGAUCCUGGAUACAGCUCUCCGAACAAUGCUAGAGACAGAGUUUUUCGAAACUUCAAUGAAUGGCGACCAUGGGAUCUUGCCCACGUAGAAAAGAGUUAUGCAAUGAAGACGAUCUGGGGCGAUGCCACUGAUUCUACCAUGCAAUUUCCUGGAGCGUCGACCACUUUCUCAUGCAAUGUGAGGACCAUAAACGUUGUCAUAGAGCCUGGCCCAAAACAAUGUGAUUUCAUCGUGGAUAAUAUUUCUAUUGCGAUUACUUCCUCCCAAAGUGCAAAAGAAGGUCCUGAGACUGGAGUUGGUAUGGCACCAUACAGAAACUCACUGUGCAUCCGAUCAUAUUGUUCAAAUUCUGCGUUGCGCAUACGAUGGGAGAUCCUUCACCUUGUAGAGGGAAUAACCGAAGCAAUGUCGGGUAUUCAACUGAUAUCGACCGAAAGUAAUACCCCCCGGACUGUCAGUCAUAAACCACCGGAAGCUAUGGAUAUUCAAGUUUUUGUCGGCACUGACGAGGGAUCGAUCUGUCUGGAAGGUAUCAAUUUGGAACUAUUCCUGCGUGGAUCUGGUCUUAAUGGCUCUUUCGUCCUUAGUCCAGGUAACGACAAACAGCAGGGGCAGGUAACGGUCCUUCUCAAUGCCGAAGAUUGCUCAACAAAAAUUUCAAGCCAUGCGAAGCCCCUGAUGACAUGGGAGUUUUGGCAAACGCAUUUUUAUGGCUCGCACCUGUCUCUUUCCGGCAAGGACAAGGUCACAGAUGACUGGAAGCUCGCUUGUUCAUGUCGGAAUUUGAUUUAUGACCUGAAGGAAGAUCCAUUAGGAUUUAUACAUGCUGCCGAUCGAUUAGUAGAGGAUGAAGCACGAUAUAUUCGAGCCUUUAUUAAACGAUUUGAAACCUCAAAAAGCGCACCUACACCUACAUUCAAGUCUGCGGAAGAAAAUAAAUAUGUUGCCAGUGUUCACCAGCUCCAUAUUGCUCUGUUCUUGAAUGACUACCAGCUCAAUUUCCGCUUGCUUCCGUCUCUGAUAUACUCAAUCGACGGGAAAGUAGCUCGCAUGUCUGUUUUGUCGGAUAUCAACAACGAGGUUGAGGUCGAUUUUGACAUUAAAAGAAACCAUCAUAUCUUCCAGGCGAUAGAUAAGGACCUGCUCCAGUCCGUGUCUGAGAUCGACAUCCCUCCCAUCAAUGGUAGAAUUUCAGGCAAAAUGUCGUCCAGUUCGUUGUCUCUGAAAGCGGACGUCACCGUCGAGUUAGUUCAACUGGAAGCUAGUUCAUUACGCAGCUUGUUCAGUGUUGUUAGACGACCGGAAAUAUCUCAUUACAUUUCGGAUUGCACCGAUAGUGUCAAUGAACUUCAACUACAUUUGCAUGAAAUACUAACCAAUGCAGAGAUAAGGCCACGGUCUCCAGCCGGCUCCUUGCGACGUGAGCUAUUGUACAAUGUCCGUCUCACAAUGGCUGGCUGGUUCAUCCACGCCCGCGCUCCAGGACUGAGGAACAAGGACUAUUCCGCUGAUAUGAACUUCACGCUUGGCGCCACCCAAAUACAUCUUGAUGCGUCUGAAAAAAGUACUAAACCCGAUUCUCCGAACUUCCAUAUGAACGUGUCUCAUAUUGGCCUGGAAUUGAUAAAACAUGAAAAUUCACGAGUUCGGCAAUAUGGCAAUCUUGGACUGGAUAUUGGCCUUCGCGCAACGUCACGACCUAACGAGUGUGAUGAACUAGUCCGAGUCUAUGAUCUGAGUAAUAAAGGCUUUCAUGUGCAGUUAUGUGCCGAAACGGCGUCUUUGGUGAUUGACAUCGCAGCACAUUUACAAAAUCGAAUCAGAACCCUAGAUCUAUCCGAGGACAUGAGACGGUUUAGACAUUUAGGACGUCUUGCACGCCCUCGCAAUCGUGGACCAUCUAGUCCAUUACCCGAACUCAAUGUGAGUGAUGCGAAUGAAUACCAAUCGCCGUCAUUCUUGAAAUCCGUUUAUUCGAUCGAGUUAUCAAACAUCCAAAUUAGUUGGAUCAUGGAUGCGAAAGAUUACCCCAAGGUUGGUUUUGCGCCUGAAGAUUUGGUUUUUUCAAUUCGCCGUGUGACGCUCUCAACUUCUGGAGACAAUUCCGCCAAACUUCGUAUCCAAGAUACACAGCUUCAAAUCACAUCAGAAACCAAAGAUAGAGGAAGGCGGUCUUUGAAUUCGGCCUUGAUGCCGGAAGUUAUAUUCAAUGUGGCGUAUCUCUUUGCCAAAGAUGAUUUAAGACUUGCUUUCCAAGCAGCAGGAAAGCCACUCGACAUACGGUUAACUACGGGAUUUAUUCUUCCGGCAAACCUACUACAAAAGUCUAUUGCUUCGGCCGCAGAAAGAUUACGCGAGGCAAGUGCAAUAUGGUCUACAUCUCAGUCACAGCCCGCCGGUGGGAAUGCCUUGCUCGGCAAUAGACAUUUAUCAUCUUUACUUGUGGACGUUGAUUUUGCAGGGGCUGUUCUUACUCUGCUGGGUCGGCAACUUGAUGACCAACAAACCCGUCUUAUAGCCACGGCGACGGGAAAGCGACUUUCGGAAGGUAGAUAUGGACAGUAUGUCCAGGGAGAUUCUACAACGACGGCAUCCCUCACAAGUCCGGGUGUAGCCCUCAAAGUGCAAUACGGAGACAAUGGAAUACACGAUCCGACAUUGAAUGCAGAGCUAAGAGUAAGCCCUUCAAGUAACACGCUCUUUCCUACGGUGGUUCCUCUCAUCAAACAGAUUUCCUCCUCUGUCAAGGAGGUGGUUGGUGAUCAAGAGAGUACAACAUUAUCGUCAUCCACUUUACUGCAAACGCCGAGGAUGCUGGAAGAUAGCUCGAUGGAUGCAACUAAUCCCGAAAGCAUUCUUGGUAGGUGCAAGCUAAAUAUCGGCGUACGGAUAUGCAAGCAGGAAUUCAGCCUGAGUUGUCAGCCCAUUGCGAGAGUGGCAGCCAGUGCACAAUUCGAAGACAUUUUUGUGACCGUCAACACAGUGCAGUCUCCAGAACAUCGCCGUUUCUUUGCUAUAUUGAUUGCGUGCAACAAUCUCCAGGCGUCAGUAAAGCACGUCUACUCGAACGAGUCGACGGCCAGCUUUGAGGUUCAGUCGAUAGUGAUGUCACUAAUGAACAGCAGGCAUGUGAGUGCAUCCAGUGGCAUUUCAGCGAUCCUUAAACUUAGCCCGAUGAAAACAAUCAUCAAUGCCAAACAAGUCCAGGACUUUCUCCUGUUCGGUGAAAUAUGGAUUCCUUCUGAUGACGAUGAUGCUUUCCCAAGCGCUCAACCGACCCCUGGUCCAAUCCCUUCUGACUCACAGACUUUAAUGGUACAACGUUAUCAACAAGUGGCGUCAGCUGAUGCUUUCCCAUGGAAUGCCGCAGUGUAUGUUGACGAGCUAGAUAUUCAAUUGGAUCUUGGACAAACACUUGGCAAAGCCGACUUCAUAAUCAAGAACUUCUGGGUCUCGUCUAAAAAGACAUCGGACUGGGAGCAAAACUUAUGCGGCGGCUUCGAGAUAAUGGUCAUCGAGAGUAAAGGGAGAAUGAGUGGAUCCGUAACGUUAGAAAAGGUGCGGGUUCGCACUUCUAUACGUUGGCCGGGCGAGUCUUCGGAAAGGGACCAGACACCACUUAUUCAGGCGUCCAUCGGGUUUGGCCAGUUACAAGCCAACGUUUCAUUUGAAUACCAACCAUUCCUUGUGGCGGACAUUGUAGCAUUUGAUUUCUUGAUGUACAAUGUUCGUAGCGCCUCUCAAGAUCGGUUGGUCAGCAUUUUGGAGGGAGAGAAAGUCCAGGUUUUCUGUACAACAUUGACGGCGUCACAAUCCUUGUCUCUUUACCAGGCAUGGCAACGUCUGGCACAAGAUAAGUAUGCAGCCUAUGAGGCCUCACUCAAGGAAAUAGAACAAUUUUUUCGGCGGAAAUCCUCCAUGAACGGAUCAUCAUCUGUGACCAGCCCAGCGAUCCCUCAGACGACGCGGGAAGACGAGGAAGAAAAAUCUCCAAUAAGGCUGCAUACGGAUGUCGUGGUCACUUUAGGAGCCAUCAAUAUCGGUGCAUUUCCAAGUACAUUCUUUGAUAACCAGAUCUUCAAAAUGGAAGCCCUGGAUGCUCAGGCGCGUUUUGGAGUGUAUGUCGAGGACGAGAAGAUCCAUAGCUCGCUGGGACUCACUUUUGGACAGCUUCGAGUAGCGCUGUCAAGCGUUAAUCGACCAACUGCGGUGGAGAUGAAAGAACUGUCUGUAGCGGAGGUUGCAGCACGAGCGACAAGUUCUCGGGGAGGCACCAUUCUAAAAGUUCCUCGAGUAGUUGCUAGCAUGCAAACCUGGCAGACGCUGGCAUCCAAUGAGAUUGAGUAUAUUUUCAAGAGUGCCUUCGAAGGAAAAGUCGACGUUGGAUGGAACUACUCCCGAAUCAGCUUCAUCCGGGACAUGUGGUCGGUGCACUCUCGAGCACUGGCUGAUCGACUUGGGAAACCGUUGCCGCCGUCGGCUCUCCGGAUCACUGGGCGUUUUAAACCAGGGGGGCUCGAUGGAGAAACCAAUGGCGAGGACGAGCCAAAACAUCUGGAUGGUGAGCAGCAGAACAAGGACGAGAAGAUUACUGCGGUCGUGGACGUGCCCCAAUCCAAGUAUAUGUACCGUGCCCUCGAGCCUCCGUUGAUUGAGACUCCGCAGCUACGAGACAUGGGAGAAGCAACUCCGCCUCUCGAGUGGAUAGGACUGAAUCGCGAUCGGCUACCACAUAUCACGCAUCAAAUUAUUAUUGUGACUCUGCUAGAGAUUGCUAAGGAAGUAUCAGACGCCUAUGGCCGCAUUCUCGGAUGA